CUUUAAUCGAGAUAAUAAGAAAAAAACUAGAAAAUUGGAUUUUAUACAAAAAUGGUUUUUAUGAAUAAUUAAUGAGGAUUAAAGACAACUUAGAAGAUGACAUAUCUUAAUGCUUAAAUUCUAUUAUUACAUAAAGGUAAAGAAUAGGAAUAACAUAUAAGUACUUUGGAUUGUAAAGGAUUAAAAAGAUAUUGUGCUAAAUUGCAAGAAACUCAAUUUUAAGUUAUGUAUACAAAAAAUAUGGAAAUGAAUUAUGUUCAAGAUGGAGAAAUUCUUAGAUUGUAUUCCAAAUAUCUAUUUUUGAAGUGAUGCAAUAGAAGAUUACAACAAUAAACCUUAGAUAAUGAAAAAUUUAUAAUAGAUUAAGCACCUAAAUUGGCAUGGUUCUUUUAACUUAAAUUACAAAAAGUAAGGAAUGUGGUACCCAACUUGGAAAGGCGUUAAACUCGAUGCUGGAGGGAGUUAUUCAAAUGGAUUAAAGUAGGGAAAUUGGAAAGAAUUAGUUUAAAAUUAUUGGGAGUAUUUUGAUAGAUAAUCUUAGAAAAGCUGAAGUGUUUUAAUAGGGGAACUAUUAAAAUAAUUAGAAGAAGGGUGUUUGGUAAAUCAUUCGCAACAAUAAACCAAUGUAUUAUAGUUUAACAAUUAUUUAGUCAUGAGAGUACUUACUCUGAAAAUGGAAUAAAGAUUGGAAGAGGAUUUGAGUUACAUGAUAAUUAUCAUGAGUAUUUCUUUAUAUACUUAAAAUAGAGGGAAUUAAGUUAUUUUAAAUGGAGAAUACAAACAGGGGAAAAAAAUUGGCAAAUGGAAUACUUUGUUAGAGGAAAAAGUAUUAUGUAAGAUUAAUUCAUAAUUAUUAGGCAGUGGAGUGUACGAUGAUUAAGGAAUAAAGCGUGGUUAAUGGGAAGAAUUGCAUAAUAAUUUUUUCGAGUAAUAAAUAACCAAAUUUUAGAUCUAACUAUCUAAUUGAGUCAGGAUUAUAUUUAGGCUCAUAAUUUGGAUAAUUACCAAUUUCAUGGAAAUCUGGGUAAUGGAAUAUUAAAUUUGAAGGCAAUGUUAUGUUAAAAAUUAAUAUUAAUUUAAAGUGGUGGUGGUUAAUAUGAAAAUGGAUUUAAGAAUGGAUAAUGGACAGAAGUGCAUGAUCAAUUUUCUAAGUUUUUUCAUUCAUAAUAUUUAUAGAGAAAAUUAAGUAUUUUACUAAGGUGUCUAUAAAAAUGGAAAAAAAGUUGAAGAUUGGAAAAUUCUAUUUAAAAGUGAAGAAGUAAGUAAAUUAGAAUUAAUGUAAAAUCUCAAUAUUAUUUAAAGUGGUGGAGGCAAAUAUGAUGAAAAUGAGUUAAAAACUGGUAUUUGGAGAGAAUUGCAUGAGAAUUUUUAUACGUAAUAUGAUAAGCAUCUUUAGUUAUGGAUAGAUUAUUUAUUAAGGUGUUUAUAGUAAAGGGAAGAAGCAGUAAAAAUGGGUGAUUUAGUAUCGACCUCAAAAAGAGUCAAAUUUUAUAGAAAUGUAUUUUAUUUUUUAAAAUAAACCUAGAGGUGGAGGAUUCUAUGACUCAGAAGGAAGGAAAGAUAACCUUUGGGUAGAAUUACAUGCAAAUUUCUCACAGUAAUUGAUAUUAAAAUAAAAAAAGACAACGAGAAGUGUUAUAUAAGGGAAUAUACAAAAAUGGAAUAAAAUAUGACCAAUGGGAAACUUUAUAGAUGAUGGACAAUAGAGAGGAAAUAAGGAAUAUGUAAUUAGAAGAACUGUCUAAUAUUUUAGAGGAGGAGGAUGUUACGAUGAAAAUUAGUUGAAAAAUGGCAAAUGGACUGAUUUGUAUGAAAACUUCAAUAAGUAUUUAAUCUUUUAUUAAUUAGUGAUGCUCAAGUAAGAUAUAAGGGAGAGUAUAAAAAUGGUAAAAAACAAGGUUCAUGGAAAAUUGACUUUAGAGAAUCAAAGGUAAUAAAAAUUGAAAUGACAAUGUAAAUAAUUUAUUAUUAUGAUUUAGUGGUAAUGGAGAUUAUGAUGAAAAUGGAAGGAAGAGUGGUGAAUGGGUGGAAUUAGUAGAUGAUUUUGAUAAGUACAUCAGUUAUUCUAUCUUGAAGAUGGAAACAAAUAAUUUAUAAAGGAAAAUAUGUUGAAGGUGUUAAGGUAGGAGAUUGGAAUUAGUGGAUAAGGAAAAGUAAUUAAGGGAACUUUGUUCCUGAUGUAGAAGAUGGAAGUAAGAACUGA